AUGCAUUCGCUAAUCCACUACCAGAUUAACGUGUUUACGUUUCUGUUUUAUUUCUUGGUCCAACAUAUUACGACCUACCCCAGUCGCUCUAAGGAGAUAGUUUGUACGCGUGCAGAUAUACGGCACCCAUCAAGUUUAACAAGACUUUUGCGUUGCACUGUCAUAGAAGGUGAUUUGUUUGUUGUUUUCACGCGAAUACCACGGGAUGCAAGCCUGCCAUUUCUGAGGGAAAUAACUGGAAGUCUGCUUGUGUAUGAUGUUGAAGGACUAGAUGAUCUAUCCAAUCUAUUGCCAAACCUUACUUUGAUCAGAGGACAAACACUGGUGUUCGGUUAUGCCGUUGUCAUUAAAAGUACAUCACUCAAGAAUAUCGGUCUUUUUUCCCUCCGAGUGAUUCAGCAAGGUGGAGUACGUAUAGACAGUAAUCCACAACUGUGCUAUGUAAGGACUAUUGACUGGGAUGUAAUCCUUCAGGGUCAAAAUGGGGACGUGUCUUCGGUUAAGAUCGUUAAAAAUGGAAUAAUGUGUCCAAAUACCUGUUCAUCUGGUUGCUCUGUGGCUUCACAAAGUACUGGUCGGCUUUCAGCAAUAGGACUUUGGAGCCCCUUAUUAAGAGAUAUUUCUCCUACUGAUGGACAUUGUUGGUCAAUGAAUGAGUGUCAAUCGAUAUGCCCUUUAAACUGCACACUUCUUAAUUUGACUUGUACAAUGAAACGUCCUCAUAAAUGCUGUCAUCCAGAAUGUCUUGCUGGAUGUUACGGUGACGGCCCAAGUAUGUGCGUUGCGUGUAAGAACGUUAUGCACGAAAACCGAUGCGUCUCACAAUGUCCAGGCGGAACUUUCAAGUAUCUUAAUCGAAGAUGCGUCACAGAAUAUCAGUGCUUAACUCAAUUGCUCAAUUUAACUUAUGCUGAUUCACCAAAUAUGUCAGAUCAUCACGCGAAUAGUUUUUCAAAUCAUUCAUUUCCACGGGAUAUCAUGGCUAAAAUAGACUCGGAUUUCACUAUUUUCAAUGGAUCUUGCCUUUUAAAUUGUCCUGUGGGUUAUAAGAAGUCAUCUAAAACCGGUCAUUGUUACCCAUGUGGAGAUCAGUGUGAACUUAAACAUUGUCGUGAAUUUUUAAUACAUAGUUUGAAAGUACUUGAUACUCUGGCUGGUUGUUAUUCGGCUAAAGCUAUUUACCUUAGUAUUCAAGAAGGUCAACCUGAAAUUGUGGCUCUUUUAUUGGACAGGGCAUUUGCAAAUCUAAGAGUGAUACAUCAUAGUCUGCGUAUAGUACGCUCUUCUGUUCUUAAUAAUCUAAAUUUUCUACGACACGUUCGUUCUAUUGGUCAAAUAGGGGGAAAUAUUUCCAAUCACCCAAUCGUUUUUGAGUUAUUUGGAAAUGACAAUUUACGUGAUCUUUGGUCUUUAACAAACGAUGCUAAUAAUAAUGAUGAUGGUCUACAAAUUUUAUCCAAUGGUUUAAUCCGUUUCACUCAGAAUCGGCAAUUGUGUCCUGAGAAGAUUUUUGAACUGUUCGACUCUAAUAAAAUCAAAUUAGAGGGAAAUAAUAUCACACUUACACAAGCCGAACGUGAAAUGAUAACAAUUACAAAUGGAGAUUUAGCUUACUGUAAUUGGCGUAAAUUCGACAUAAAACUUAGUGGUCUUAGUUCACAUAGUGUUCGUGUUAUAUGGCCCUAUCCGUCUACCAUCCAGUUUGCGGAUACAUCUAUGAAUGCUAACUUUUCACAUGGUUUAAAUUCUAGCUAUGUGGAUGAACUUGUUUUAAUGUAUCUUUUCUAUCAGCCAGCCCCUAAAGAUAUUCCAAAUAUUGUCAAAGACCGAAGAGCCUACGAUAAGAAUUCAUGGCGUAUGUUAACAGCAUCAUGUGAUUCGAAUCCUGGAGACAAUAUUCCAGAACUUCCUCAUUUAGAAUUAUAUUGUGGAUUAACUUUAUUUAAAUUGGAAUCUGCUACGCGUUAUGUUGUCUACGUGGAGAUGAAAUUCCCUCUGAAACGAACUGGCGCUGUUAGUAAUUUGGUUUACUUCACAACAUUAUCGAUCAAUCCAUCUCCUCCCCAGUAUCCGUGGUUGGAACCUGUCAAUAAAAAUUCACUUCGUUUAACGUGGAUGCCACCGGCGAAACCAAGUGGGAUCAUUGAUACUUAUUUGAUAUGGAUUCGUAUUCUUGAAGAUAAUCCAUCUAAUUAUUUGACACAGGAUUUCUGUAUACACAAACCUAACUGGAUCCACUCGGGUUGGGAUACAAAUUUACCAAUCAGGCACACAGAUCAUAUUAAUUUUGAAAGGGGUUACUGUGAUUCUUGUUUAUCUUGUCCUAACUUGCAUGAAAUUGAACAACUUUCAAAUAUACAGACAAUUUCAUCUUCAAACGAAAAUUAUUGGCCUUCGUCUGUGAGCAGAUGGAUGACAGAUGAUUCUGGGAACCUUUUGCCAGUAAAUAUUGUGGAUGAAAAUUUUUCACUCAAAUCCGGUACAGUAGGUCUCAUUGUACAAAAGAACAUUUCAACUUAUUUCAAAGAUAUUUCAUAUUUCCAAACGAAUCCUCAGAAAACUUGUAUUCAGUCAGUUAAUGAGAACGUAAAAUAUUUAACAGGAUUGUCACCAUUUACAAGAGUGCUUGUUGAAAUACAAGCUUGUUUAGAGUACGAUUCAAUUUCUCAUGAAAAAUCAUUAAAAGCAAAAUGUAACUAUCCACCACCUUGGUUUAAUAAGAAAUCUGGAAUUAUUGUUCAUCUUGAUCAACUUCAACAUCAAUGGGCAGCCUGUGAGUAUGAACUAUGCAGUCCAAGAUCUACCGUAAUAAAUCGUAUAAAUCCUCAUGUUGAAUCUGAUAACAUUCCUGUAUCUUCAAUUUAUGCAUCCUCUAAUGGUCCGGGUAGUAUACGUAUUACAUGGUCUAGUCCUAUUAAACCGAAUGGUUUAAUUAUACAUUAUAUAUUGCGUUAUAGACCAAGAAAUCAUGACAAUCACACAGACAAUUAUUCAUUUUCAGACUUGUCUGUACCAUGGUUAACAAAAUGUGUAUCGUUAAGUCAUUGGGCAACAGUCAAACCAGAACAGAAAUCAUUGACUUCAAGUUUAUUUACGGAUUUUAAUAAAAAGAUAGUAUCACGAAGUGAACGUGGUUCUAAUGGUGAUGGUAAUACUACUAAAGGCGGGAUCUUAAUCAAAGAUCUGUCUCCAGGUAGCUAUGAAUUCCAAAUCUUAGCCAUUUCGCUUGCCGGUAGUGGAGAAUGGAGUCCUACUGAAAUUUUCAAUAUUCCAUUCUAUACAGAUUAUAAUGGCAUAGUGAACCAAAGAAAACUUGCAAAUAUUUGCACAAUCACUGUAGGUGCAUUUUUGUUGCUCUGUUUCAUUUUCGGGAUUAUUUGGUAUAAAGCACGUCGUUAUUAUUUAAAGGCUACAGCUUGGACAUCAAACAAUCCUGAUUAUUGUACAAUUUAUGAAGUUGACGAUUGGGAAAUUACUAAAGACGAUGUUGAUGUUUUACAUUGGAAAUAUCCAAUUGGUCGUGGCAGUUUUGGUACUGUAUAUAAAGGUGUUGUAAAACAGUUGAAAACACCAGCUAAGUUAUUUUAUAACAAUCCAAGAAAUAUACCUGUUGCUAUCAAGACAAUCAGCAUGCACAGCACUUUAUUUGAUCAUCGUGAUUUCAUUAAUGAAGCAUGCUUUAUGAAGCAAUUUCAAAGUUAUCAUCUAGUACGUCUACUUGGUUUAGUAACUAAAACUAAGCAUAAACAUAAAUCGGUAACAUUUACUGAUCGAUGUAUAAAUUUAUUACAUCAGUAUCAUUUUGGUAAACUGUGUCUCUUUGUCAGUCGAAUUUUAAUGUGGACAUCAACUCUACCAUUAUCAUCAUCGUCGUCGUCAUCACCAAACGUAAAACAAUCUUAUUUGCUUACCUCGUCAAUAUCACCUUCAUUACGCAAACAAAUGUUGGAUGGUGAAGAUCUUAAUUGUCACACAUUGGGUUUAUCAAAACAACAAUUUACACACUCUGACGAUACAUCUUUAUUUAAUAACACUCAAUCAAUUGGUUUAAUGAAUAAAGUAGCACCAGAAAGUCCAUUAGUUAUUAUGCAAUUGAUGGCUAAAGGCGAUCUAGCUAGUUAUCUACGUUAUUUAGGAGACAAAGGACAAGGUUCCGUUAAUUCAUCACAAGCGUAUCUAUGGGCAACACAAAUAGCUGAUGGUAUGGCAUACUUAUCUGCUAAACACUAUGUUCAUAGAGAUUUAGCUGCUCGUAAUUGUCUUGUUGAUUCCAAUCUUACGGUUAAAAUUGGGGAUUUUGGUCUGUGCAGAGAUGUUUAUGGACAUGAUUAUUAUCACAAAACAAGUCAUGCUAAACUUCCAAUUCGUUGGAUGGCCCCAGAAUCUCUUCAAACUGCUUACUUUACAACACAAUCAGAUGUUUGGUCUUAUGGAGUUGUUUUGUGGGAGAUAGUUACUAUGGCAUGUCUUCCUUAUCGUGGUAUGUCUCAUGAAGAAGUGGUCAAGUACGUUCUCAGUGGAAAAACACUUCUAUCCAAUGGUUCACCUACCAACUGUCCAGAACUCUUUCGUGCAUUAAUGCUUCAUUGUUGGAACUUCAAUCCCUUGAAGCGACCAACAUUCCUAGGACUAUGCGCUCUACUUUCACCAUGCUUUGGAGAUGCGAAAUUUCGACUGGCUAGUUUUUUUUAUCAUGGUGAACAAAGUUUUGUAAAUAGAGACAAUCGUACAAAGGUUUUGGAAGCCCCUGUUGUUUCAUUAGGUAAAUUGAACAUAUCAUGUAAUCAAGAUCCCGCACAUGCACUUGCGUCUGCUUUGAGUACCUUAUUCUGUGGUACUGAUGAAGAUUCUAGUUAUGAUUACAGUGAUCGAAAUAUUGACCCUCCUGAUGAUUUUUCUGUACCGUCAAUUCAGUUCGGUGCCAUUAGUCGAACAGCGACAGUUAAUGAAAGGUCUAUCGGUAGUGGUCACUUUAAUGAAACUCGUUUGGUGAAUUGUAGUUCUGAAGAUAUAUCUUUGAAACAAAAUGAUGACGGCAUUGCUCUGUCAGAGGUUCAAUGUUUGUUAAGAUUAUGUGAACCAAACUCAAAUCUUGCCGUUCCAGCUUUCGUGGAUUCUGAAUCGUUUCCUUUGAUAUCCAAUCAUAUAAUGAAGUUUGAUCCUGAUGAAUGUACGAACUUUGAACUAAGUAAAACUAGAAACGUUAUCGCAUAA